GCCUUGGGCAAUCGGAAAAGACGGGAGAGGUGAAAACCCGCAAUUUUUAGCCAAGUAGCAAACCGGCUAACCCGCUGUCUUUAAACUAGAAACCCCAGCAAACAAAUAACAAUGUCUGAGGAAAAGCCGAAGGAAGGUGUGAAGACGGAGAAUGACCACAUUAACCUGAAGGUAGCUGGUCAAGACGGCUCUGUUGUCCAGUUUAAAAUCAAGAGGCACACUCCACUCAGCAAACUGAUGAAGGCGUACUGCGAAAGACAGGGAUUGUCAAUCAGACAGAUCAGGUUUCGAUUUGACGGACAGCCUAUUAAUGAAACAGACACACCUGCACAGCUGGAGAUGGAGGAUGAAGACACUAUUGAUGUAUUUCAACAACAGACAGGUGGAGCCUCCUAAAGCUGGAUCCUACCUGUGUUCAGAGGACUCCACACUUGAAAAGCAUCCACUCAAUUAUUAUUUGUUGUUUUUAAUCCAUUUAAGUCCUUGUUCCACUUUCUUUUCCACCAGUUUAUCAUUUUUGUGAUCCGUCAGCACCUAGCCCUACAUGUUAGCAUGGAGAGGCAGAAUUAUGUCAUGUAGGGUUCAAAUCUAACUUGAGAUCUGCAUGCUUAACUUGAAUUCUCCCUUAAAUGUCCCAUUAACAUCAAUGCACGAUCAUCCCAGGUGUACAGGCAGAACUCAAGCUGGGAUUUGACCCACAAUGAAAACGGCAGCCAGACAAUGAUAAGGAGGUAGUGGUGACCUACUUUAAAGUUUAUCUGUGUCCUGAUCGUAAGAUUACCUGCCACGCAUUUAAUAAUUUCUGGUUUACAUUUAUAGAGAUUGAAAGCGUUCAGCUUUUGAUUCAUGUUUAGGGAAGAUGUAUUUAUGUUUCAUACUGUGGACAGAUGUGUGGGCGAGGGGGGGGAGGGGGGAGUUAUUGUCCAUCACAGAUUGAGAGACUUUUAUUGGCAUACAGGUUUCAUAUGCAACGUGCUGUCAUUAGUCACCCGUGUUAGAUGGAUGCAGUCGCAGAAUAAAUGGUCUAAUUUCAGUGCUCUGAUUUUUUACCUCUACAACGUAUUCACAAAGUACUAGUGCUGAGACAUGUACAUAGGGGUGCUUCACCUCACUGAUGUCAGCCAGUAUGCCGAUUUGAUCGAAUUAGAUAUUAAAACAAAUGGUAACGUGUCUGGACCAAAUGUUAAGUGUUUUGAAAUGCAAAUCUCUUUGGUAGUAUUAAGAAGAAGAAAAAAAGUUUUGGUCUAUUUUAAUGUUUCCAAAAGAAAAGACCCAAUGUGUCUUGAGACCCCUCCUUGUACCCAUUCUAACUGCAUUAAAGAUAUUUUAUCACCCAAUACAAGGGAAACCUGACGGUUUGAAUCAGUGGUCUCUUCCAGAUGUAACUCAUUGGCUGUAUUCUGCAGACACUAGUUAACAAGGUCUGAAAGGAUUUUAUUGGUAUUAGUCCCGUCUUCAAAAGGGCAAGAUUUGCAAAUUACAGUCUGAUUUAAUUCCAGGCCCCUAACCCCAACCCCUGCAUAUCUAGUAAAUGGAGGAAAAUGUGGAGGUUUGUCUGAGACAGACCAGUGACUUGUUUAGUUGAAAUCAGAACUGUCUCCAUACACAUCUGAAUCUGAGGGUUUUGGUCUUGGGUUUAGUUAUGUGUGGAAGGAGGUGUUAGCAGGAAGGUUUCAGGUUUAGGGAUGUGUGGAAGGAGGUGUUAGCAGGAAGGUUUCAGGUUUAGGGAUGUGUGGAAGGAGGUGUUAGCAGAAAGAUCAUCCAAUUAUUUUGUUUCUCUGCUGAUUUAUACAUUACUUCCCUCCCUUGUACAUUACUUGUUGUCCAAUACUACUGUAUACAAUAAAUAUAGUUUGGUACUGAG